UUGUUCAUACGAAUAAAAGAGCAUGACUUCAUUAAGGAUCUUGUUGUGGGAUAUCAUAUAUUGGCACCGAAUGCCGGUGAAAUCACACAAGGUUUCGGAAUUGCUUUGAAGCUGAAAGGUAAAAAGGCAGAUUUCGACCGUUUGAUCGGAAUCCAUCCAACCGUUGCUGAGAACUUCACGACGUUGACGACGCUGAAAGAAGAAGGUCAAGAACUGAAAGCAACGGGUUGCUGA